AUGGCCUCCGCUGGCUCCAGCGACCCAGAGUUCAGCUUCUCAAGACGCCGUCUGACUCGGGGAAGGAGGGCAUCCAAACAUGAUAUCACGCAAGGGCCGGAUAAACCCAAGGUGUUUAAGGUGCUGAGCUUGGUAGAAGGGACGGAGAGGGUGGAACACAGCGACGAGGUCUAUCAUCAACCGACCGUGUGGUGGUUCACUUCCACCGCCUUUCCGUUGAUUGCGGGCGCCUUUGGACCGAUUGCCAACCUCUUCUCAGUUUGCUCCCUCACCCAAACAUGGAGAAUACGCAGGUCGGACUACGCGAGAGUUCGUGACCCCGUAUGGUUGAUUAGCCUAAAUUCGGUGUCGCUGUGGUUCGCGCUCAACGCCAACAUCCUGCUCCUGCUCGGGUUUUCGAGGAGGAUACCGUACAAAGUAGCGCAGCCUGGAGCGAUAGCACUUUGGUAUGCCUCCUCGGUCCUCCUCUUUGUACCCCUCGGGAUACUGGGAACCACCCUACUCCACAGCGAGACAGAAGCCCUGUCGCAAUCAUGGUAUUACGGCCUCAUCUCCGGAGCGCUCUACUUCACCAUGUCCUCGCUGCUCCUCUUCAACAUGAUCGGCGCACACUGGUUCCGCGCGUACCCCGCCUCGUUCGCCAUCCUCUCCAUCUCCCAACGCACCUUGAUGCUCGAAACCAUCACCUUUUCGCUCCACCUGGCUCUAAUGGCAGGUGUUUUCUCCGCGCUCGAAGGAUGGGACUAUGUCGAUGCGUUGUAUUGGGCUGAUUAUACCGUGCUUACUAUCGGGCUGGGCUCGGACUUUCCGGUGGAGACGACGGCUGGGAGGAUGGUGGUUAUACCCUUCAGCGCGGUUGGGAUUUUGUUGCUUGGGUUGGUCGUUAGGAGUGUGAGGGGGCUGGUGUUGGAGAGAGCGAAAGUCAAAGUGCUCAAGAGGAGACUGGGGAAGCAGAGGGAGAAGUGGAGGAGGUAUAUUCGGCGGAAGCGGGAGGAACGGAAGUUCGCGGGCAAGGACGGGGGAGCUCAGGAGAAGUUGAAGCGGAUGAAUUUGUAUCCUGCUUUCGCGAGGACGGCGUGGGCUUGGUGGCGUCAGGUAGAUCGUGCGCCGAAUGGUGACCUAGGGGGAGCAUUGUUGAGGGGCGAGCAGGUUGAACCCUGGUCGAAAGACGAGUUUGAUUUGAUGCGCUUCAUCGAGGCGUCCUCCGAGAAGAUGGAACGAUAUACACUAUUCAGCAUUGCGCUGGUCACAUUUUGCAUUGUCUGGAUCAUCGGUUCUCUGGUCUUUUGGGCGUCUGAACAUGGAAACCAACAUUGGACAUACACAAUUGCACUUUAUUUUUCGUAUGUCUCGAUUACGACGAUCGGCUAUGGGGAUUUCUUCCCCACGCCUCCUGCUGGUCGCCCGUUCUUUGUUAUCUGGAGUUUGAUCGCCAUCCCGACUGUCACCGUCCUCAUCGCGUCCAUGGGGAACACCAUCGUCGAUUUCGUGACCCACAUCACGUUCUUGUUGGGUCGGUAUACGAUCCUACCAGAGAAGCACCCGGUCGAGGAAUUGGAGCGGGAUGCGAGGAGGGAGAAGGCUGGACGAGCUCGAGUUGGGAUCGCCCGCCGUGCUACAAUGAGUGCGGAAGAUAGUCGCUCGGUUAUGUCAUCCUGGAACGAUACCGACAUUCCACACCCAGAUAGGAUUGCGAGGAGUGAGUCGGAGGGGACGAUUCAGGAGACAGACAUCAUGUUUAGGAAGUUAUGGGCUCAGAGGCGGCGUUGUGCGCGGAUGGCGAUGAGGAUAUCGCAGGAAAUUGUUUUCCUUGCUCAGGAUCUCCGUGUGCACCCCCGCAAGAAGUAUACCUGGGAGGAGUGGGUGAACUGGCUGGAGGUGUUUCGGGAGCCAGUGAUGUUCUUGCCUUCGCUGCACCCAGGAGCACCCUUGUCGCAUGAGCACCACCGACACGGCGUUCAAGCCAAGUCUGUGUCCAAGCUCGACAUUUUUCGGUCUCGUCGGGCAAGGGCGAGGUCUGUUCCUGACCCUCGGGAUCCCCGGUCUCACUGGCUGUGGUUCAGGGGGAAUGGCGACGAUGGUGUUCCCGCCGCCGUCGAUGACCCGACUGGCCGAGGGGAAGAUGAGGAGGAUGAUGGAACUGAUUUCGAUUGGGAGCCGACGUGGUUGAGCGAUGCGGGACCGUUGUUCAGUGCAGAAACGGAGACCGAAUGGAUAAUGGACAGGCUUAACUUGCGACUGGAAGGGAUAUUGAAGGAUGUGACGACUCUCGACCAUCAGUUAACUGUACGUGGACUCUGGACAUCGGUUAUGGCGGAUGAGCGUCGAUAG